AUGCAAUUAAAGAUCAUUUCAUUGGCCACCCUUGGCCUCUUGUUCCUUACGUCUGCAAAGUUUGGUGUUCAAGCCGCAGAUGAAACAGAUUUAGUUGAUGGUCAACAACUCUCUGAUACUUACCUUUCAGCUUUUGCUAACGAUGAAGAAAAUGACGACCUUGAUUUUGAAUUGUCAGAUGAGGAAGUUCAUACUUUGACUAAGCGUGCUGAUAGCUGUGCCAAGUACCAUACAGUUGUCGGCAGCGAUACUUGUAUCUCUAUCUCAAAGAAGUAUGGUGCCUCUCUCAACAAUUUCUACAGUUGGAAUCCUCAAGUCAACAAGAGCUGCACCAACUUGAUUAACGGAAAAAAAUAUUGUGUCAAGAAGGGCUCUUCUUCUUCUUCCUCUUCUUCUACAAAGAAGGCUGCAAAGAAAAAGUCUUCCAAGAAGAAGUCCUCCAGCAAAAAAGAAACCCGUAAAAAGAUUCAAAGCCAAUCUGCAUUCACCUACUACUGGAUUGCUCAGCCUAAUGAUUACAAGGGCGGCAAGAAGGUCGCUGUCAAGACCUGUAGUGGUCAAACCAUUGGAUCUGUCUCUGAAGACUACGCUGAUGCCCUUGUCAUGGAGGGCACUGGUGUUGUUGGAUCCAAGAUUGUCAAUCUUGGUGGCUGUACUUGUAAAGACUUUAAGUGCUUUGAAAUGGUCAACAGAAAGAGUGAUCCUUAUGGCUUAACUUCUUAUGGAACUCCUCUUCGUCCUUAUGUCACUAUUGCCUCUAAUGAUAUCAAAAAGGGAACCAAGAUUUAUGUUCCUUCUCUUGUUGGAUGGAAGAUUCCUGGUUCUAAAAAGACUCAUAAUGGAUGCUUACUUGUUGAUGAUCAAAGCUGGAGUUUCAAGGGUAAACAUAUUGACUUUUAUGUUUACGCUAUGGACAACUAUCAAACUUUGGAUAAAGCUCAUCACUUAAACAAGGUUGAUAUCUAUGAAGGUGGCUCCUGUAAACUCUUAAAUUACAUGUAA